AUGGAGCCUGAGGAGGAUCACUUUGAAGAUGUUCAGCCGCCUGGCGAAGCUGCGGAGUCAAAACCCGCAAGACCAAAGGCGAAAUCAAAGGCGAAGGCAAAGGUGAAGAGGAGGAGGAAGAAAAGAGGCGGAGCCGAAGGCAAUCCCAUUGAUCCAGGAUGUGCCAGAGCUGAAGGCGCUGAAGUCACUGGACCCUUGGGAGGCGAAGAGCCCGACCGCGAUCCUAACGACCAGCCCAACGAGAGUCAAAAUAUGCAUUGCUUGAAUAUUGAAGAGCCGCUCGAGAGCAGACGCUCCCUUCAGCCGGAUCCUGUUCAUGCACAAACGGCUGCCAUAGCCCAAGUCAUUGGUGUUCAACAUCUUCCAGCUGCAAACUCCAAGACUGAACUCCUGUGCCUAGAGUCGGAUGAUGCAGGUGGUGAACGCACCAUGACUCGUGCACCUCAGCGCUUUGUCAGAGCUUUGGUGGUGAACGACCUGGCAAAGAAAGAUGCUCCUGAUUUUGGACUGGUCCUAUCACUGGAGGUGGCGGAUCAUGGAAAACAUCAGCUUUGUAAACUGGUGCUCCCUGAGAAGUUCGAAGAACACGAGAAGAGUUGCACGCCACUCACCAUCGUGUUGGAGAAGGAUGAACGGAUCCUAUGCUUCCGCCUUGAUGAGGUGAAGGACAAAGAAAGUGGCUUCAGCGUGUACUUCAACCCCCAAGUCGUCAUCCAGUCCCCUUGCCAAGAGCUCCAAGAGGUUCAGGAAGAUCCUCAGUCACCUGCUGACAAACCUUACAGAUGCUCGUGGGGUUGCCUGAGAAGAUGCCAAAAACGGCAGGAACAAGUUGUUUUGCGCCUGGAGCGGCUCUCUGGACACUUCGAGUGGCCAGAGAAAGCUUUGAAGGGGCAGUGGUGUCUCGGCUGGGAACAGCGCCAUCAUGUGCAGGAGAACUCAUUGGCUGAUGUUCCGGAAGAACUGCAAACUGAGUCACAGUCGCGCCAGGCAAGUUGGAACCUUGCCUAA